UUUCUUCCAGAUCACGUACGUCUUUCACUCUCACAACUUUUUGAGAUUCUUUCAAUUCGAUCACCAUGAGUAUGAAUCAUCUCACGGAGGAUAUGUGGUCGAAUUUUUUUUUACUUGUGGAUACUGCGGUUAUGGUUCAGGCAGAAGAACAACGUCGUCAUCGUCGUGGAGAAGAAGAUAGCGAGAAGAGUUUCUUCUAUCUUUUCCCGAGGAAGAAAAGGUCGUCUUUGGUGAUCAAUAGAAGAUACACACAACAAAACCCUAAUGGGACUUCUAUGAUGUCUUCUUCUUCAUUGCCCGAUGAUCAUGAGACGGAAAACACACAAAACCCUAGUUUUUUAGAUGCGGAGCUUCGUGCAAUUAAGGGGAAAUCUAAGAUCGUCUGUGAAGAUUACGACUACCGCCGAAAGAGUGAUGAGGCGACGAGACUCUUUGAGAAGAACAUGGAGAGAUUAGUACGACGAAACUUGGAUGAUCUUAAUAAUGGGUCGUCUUCAUCGUUCCUGAACCUUCGUUGUUAUAAUUACCCUUCGUUACUCCUAGGUUACAACACGGCUAAGUCUGAGAAGACAGAGGCGAACGACCCUAGUUACGAACCAUGCCUAAAGGAGAAGACAACAACAAGUCGCAAGAGGCGUGCCGUGCAACAGAAGAAGAGUACUGGUAAAUUCAAGAAAGCAAAGGUUGUUUCUUUCACAACGAGGACGGAUACAGAGGCACCGGAGUGGAUUUUUCAGGUGAUGAGAAGAAUGAGAGCUGAUGUCGCAAACCCUUUGCUGAUCUUUGAGAGGUGUCUAACACCGACUGAUGUGAAAUCAUCCCAGAGCCGUCUCUUAAUGCCAUUCCAGCAGCUAAUCAGAGACGAAUUCUUGACGCCAGGGGAGUCUCGAGCCAUAAAUGAGACUAUCGGUGUGGGAACGAUUCUUGUGAACCAAAGAUGUGAAAAGUGGGGUUUUGGUUUCAAGCUAUGGCCCAUGGAGAAAGAAACUGGACAUGGAACCUUGAAUUACGCUAUGAACUGGGGGUGGAACGAUGUCGUCAAGGGUAACAACUUAAAAGCCAAGGACAAGAUCAGUCUUUGGACUUUCAGGUGCCGUGGAGUACUCUGCUUUGCUCUCGAGACAUACUAAGCUUCUUUCUUGGUGUCUGAUAAUGUUUGAUUUGUCUCUCUUCAAAGGAUGUAACUUGAUUGAUCUAG